CAUCCACCCCGGAAAACAUAUUAACAUCUCUCUUCUCUGUAAAUCAUGGAGAUUUUUCAGAUCGUCCUCUACAUCACCUUGUUUUGCUUGCUUCUUCUGAUAUACAAGCGAUCCAAUUCUGAGAAGAAACCACAAAAAAGCCUACCCCUACCCCCAGGGCCAUGGAAGUUACCUCUUAUUGGGAACGUCCAUCAAAUUGUAGGAGCUCUACCCCAUCAUGCCUUCAGAAAAUUGUCAGACAAAUAUGGACCCUUAAUGCACCUUCAGCUUGGAGAGACAUCCAAUGUUAUUGUCUCUUCCUCAGAAAUAGCCAAAGAGAUCUUCAAAACCCAUGACCUUAUCAUGUCCAAUAGGCCUGAUAUUCUCGCUGCCCAGAUCAUCACUUACAAUAACAUAGACAUUGGAUUUUCCCCACAUGGAAGCCAUUGGAGGAACCUUCGAAAAAUAUGUACUUUAGAGCUUUUAACAGCAAAGCGUGUUCGAUCUUUCAGGUUCAUAAGGGAAGAGGAGGUAUCUGUGCUUGUCAAAGAUGUAUUGUCUGCUUCAGGGUCAGUCAUAAAUCUGAGUGAGAAAAUUUUCUCAACCAUAACUUCUAUAGUUGCAAGAGCAGCUUUUGGUAGGAAGUCUGGAAAUGGAGAUCAAGAGGCUUUCUUAUCUACACUGGACGAUGUGACGAAAAUGGUGGGAGGUUUUUCAAUUGUUGAUCUCUUUCCUUCUAUCGAAGUGCUUCAAAGGAUUACAGGAAUGAAAGCUAGGCUUGAAAGGGUUCACAAAUUGAAUGAUCAAGUAUUGGAAAACAUCAUUAGGAGUCACAAAGAAAGAAAAGCCAGUGGCGAUGAGAAUAAUGAAGAGAAUCUUGUUGAUGUUCUUCUAAAGAUUCAAGAGGGAAAAGAUGAUCAAGAAUUUCGCUUAACUCACGACCACGUCAAAGCCGUCAUUCUGGAUAUGUUCAUUGCUGGAUCUGAGACAUCAUCAACUACUCUAGAGUGGGCAAUGGCUGAAUUGAUGAAGAAUCCACAGGUGAUGGAGAAGGCUCAAGUUGAGAUCAGAAUGUUCUACAAGGGAAAAGACUUCGUGGAUGAAAGUGAAAUUCACCAAUUGAAAUACUUAAACUCAAUUGUGAAAGAAACCUUAAGGCUUCACCCACCUGGAGUUUUGCUACUUCCAAGGGAGAGCACUGAGAGAUGCGUGAUUAAUGGAUAUGAGAUACCUAAAAAAACCAGAAUUAUGGUCAAUGGAUGGGCAAUAGGAAGAGAUCCUAAAUAUUGGGAUGAAGCUGAGACAUUCAAGCCUGAGCGAUUUUUGGAUAACCCAAUUGAUUUUAGAGGAGCAAACAUGGAUUAUAUACCAUUUGGUGCUGGAAGAAGAAUCUGUCCUGGAAUUAACUUUGCUAUAUCCAGUAUUGAGCUCCCACUUGCUAAUUUGUUGUAUCAUUUUGAUUGGAAGUUACCAAAUGGAAUGACUCCUGAAAAGUUUGACAUGUCUGAGACAUUUGCUGCAAGUGUGAGAAGAACCGAGAAUCUCCAGCUAAUCCCAAUUAGUCAUCAACGCUAGUUCUAUAUAAUUGCCUCAAUGAUGUCCCACGUUGCCUCGUAAUCCCUUUACUCUAAAUAAAAGUGCUUGAGCUACUUGUUCCACCUUUUUUGUUUAGUUCAUGUUUGUUGUGAACUUUCCUGAUGGUAAAGAACAAAUGAUAUGGUCCAAUGUUCAGAGAAGAGAAUGAACUUGUGGUUUGUUGAAGCUUUGUAAUAUGUAACCCUGCAAUUGAGUCACUACAGUUUGUCCUCCAAUAGUUUAAAACGUU